ACCACCCGCCCGACGCUCCGCCGCUCCUUUCUUCCCGACCUUUCGCCCCCGACACUGUCCAUGCGCGCUUGUCCGAGCCUGCCCAGCGCUUGAGCGCCAUUGACCCUCCGCUGCGACCAGUCGAAAACCCCUUCAAGGUCUUAACUUUCUUUGUCCCGCCGACGACCAUGAACAAUCUACCGAAGAACCCGACCGUCGAGCAGGUCGAAGAGGAGAUCAUCUUUCUCCGAAUGCUCAUCGAGACCCUGGACACGUCCUCCGCUUUCUACCACCAGGACAAGCUCGCAAAGGAACAGGAGCUUCAACAGCUCCAGUCGCUGGCCGACUCGACACGCGUGCGGCAACAUGAUCCGAGCAGAGCAGCGCCGUCGCAUCCUUCACCGCUCGCAAACGGAUUGAACCGCAACCUUCCCUUUCCGCAUACUCCAGCUCCGCCUUCUUCGCGCAAACGCAUCCGCCCCGUCGACGAUACUCUCUCGUCCGACCAUGCCGCCAAAUCCCUGCGAUCCACUCCGGUUCCUAGCCCAGCUGCAACCACUCCGGGUACUCCGAAUUCGUCCGACUCGUUGGAGACAUUUGAAGGAGGUCUCGACACGAGGAGCGCUCAUGCGCCGAACAGGAUGUCAAGAUUGCCACCGAACAGGAACUUUCCCAACUACAUGGAGCAAAAGAGGCGCCAAGAGGCAAACGCUGCAGUUGCGAACGAAGAUGCCGAACUCGCUGGCGCAUGGCAGAUGGCAGACCACGCCCGGCGGCCACAACCUCAACCUCAGCCCACGUUCACUAUGGGUACCACGCGCCCAACCCAACCGACUCCUCUUCCUUAUUCCAGUACCUCUGCUCGGCCACAUGCAGUCAAGGCCGAACACUCUCGCACACCGCUCCGCUUGUCUCCAUACACGCCCUUCGCAAACCGCCCUCAGCCGCCGUCCCAAUUUGGUGGCUCCAAUGAUGUCGUCGAAGUAAUUGAUCUUAGUGGCGAUACCGAUGAUGACGACGUUGUGGAGAUGAGGUCCCAACCGAGACCACUUCCCGUGAGACCUCACCAACAUGCUUUCGGCACACCUUCAACCCUUGGGCAGGACCGUAGUUUUGGAAGAGCACUUCCGUUGCCAGAAUCUCUCAAUGACAGCUACGCCUCGAAUUCUGCUUCUGGCAUCCCAUCGCAACAAUCUUGGAUGUCAUCCGCAGGCAGUGCGGUGAUGAAUGCAGGAAGAUCAAUCUACAAUACACUGCAGAACGGUAUUCCGGCCAUCGGUGGGUAUAGUGACGAUCUUGACGCGAUCGACCAACUGUUUCACGGUACAACGUCCUCCCGGUCAGGAGAAUCUUCUACGGGUUUCAAUAUCGACAGCCCAAAUCCCUUUGGAGUGUACGGUCAUCAUAUAGAUCCAUACAGCUCUGCAUCGUCGAGUUCCCGCCCCAUGCCUGUUCCAGGGGCAUAUCCUUCAUUCACUGGGCGCACUGCUUACCCGUCUUUCGACGAUUACGAUCGUUACGGUAUUUACAACCGUCACGGCUACCCGCACUUUGAUCAACAUGACGUCCAAGAGGAUCUUAAGAAGAUGCUAGCGAAUAUCCGCCCUGAUGAUGAAAUCCCACCCAAUCUUCGUGAAGGAACUCCUGAAGCCAUGGUACAUCCACUCAUGGAACACCAGAAGCUGGGGCUUGCUUGGCUCAAGAAAAUGGAGGAAGGGUCAACCAAAGGCGGUAUCCUUGCUGAUGACAUGGGCUUGGGCAAAACCAUCCAAGCACUCGCUCUCAUUGUGUCCAGGCCUUCCGAGGACCCGCGGAGAAAGACUACCUUGAUUCUUGCCCCCGUUGCUCUAAUGAGACAAUGGGAACGAGAAAUCAAAACCAAGAUCAGAUCCGGGCGCCACGCGCUAUCUGUACACGUUCAUCACGGUGCUGGCAAGAGACUGAAGUACAAAGAGCUCAGCCAGUUCGACGUUGUUUUGACAUCCUACGGCACCUUGGCGGCGGAGCUUUCCAGAAAGGAAAACUGGAGGAAGUCUCUCGUUCGCGACGAGAAUGGCAUAAUGCGAGGCAAGAAGCCUGACGACAUUGUUUUGCUCGACCAGGAUUCAUUGUGGUAUCGCUGCAUCCUCGACGAAGCACAAUGUAUCAAAAACAGGGAGACCAAAACGUCAAGGGCUGCCACAGAGCUCCAGUCGACUUACAGGUGGUGUAUGACUGGCACGCCAAUGAUGAACAAGGUUGAAGAGUUGUUCUCGCUCAUUCGCUUCCUUCGAAUCCCACCAUACCACGAGUGGGAUAGGUUCCGAGCGGACAUCAAGGCUCCGCUAGAAGGCAAAAGCCAUAAAAUGACUAGCGAGGCCGGCAUGAAAAAGCUUCAGGCCGUGCUCAAAGCAAUUCUCCUGCGUCGCAACAAGGAUUCCAAGAUUGAUGGCAAGCCCAUCUUUACUUUGCCGCCUAAGACUAUUUCUGCCGACCACGUUAUGUUCGAUGAGGAACAAGCAGCCUUUUAUAGUGCACUAGAGACGAGGACACAACUCACUUUCAACAAAUACUUGAAAGCUGGUACUGUCGGCAAGCAGUACUCGCACAUCCUCGUGCUGCUGCUUCGCUUACGUCAGGCUUGCUGUCAUCCUCAUCUCAUCAGGGAUUUUGCAGAACGAAUCUCGACCGACCUGACAGAUGAUGAUAUGGAGGCUUUGGCGCUAGAGCUCAGUGGUGAUGUGGUGGCGCGCAUCAAAGCUGAGGAAGGUGCAUUUAGCUGCCCAAUUUGUCUUGACGCCGUGGAAAAUCCAGCCAUCUUCCUGCCUUGCGGCCACAACACUUGUGCUGAAUGCUUCUCUACUCUUUCGGACCCCAACAGGAACCUUGCUAAUGGCAAUGAGAAUGCGACGGACUUGAAAUGCCCGAAUUGCCGUGGUAAGAUUGAUACGAAGAAAAUCAUCGAUUACAGAGCGUUCCAGAAG